ACUACAUUUAAUACUUAAAAUGUAUGUCCAUAUAUCUAAUGUGAUAUGCUAAAACUUUACACCCAUAGAUCUAAAUACCGCCUCAGUCAUGGCAACGAGUAGAUGUAGCCAGGGUUUGCAAAACCGCCGGUAACCACGCGGUUAUCAUGUUUACCGCGGGGUACGGUAAAAGAAAAACCACGAUAACCUCCUUAAAUUCAAAUACAUUUAAAAAAUAUUGAAAGUUUGAUAAAUUUUACACGAUUUCGUACGGUUUGCCACGAUUACCGCGUGGUAAUCGUGCUUAUCGCCGGGGUGCGGUAAGACGGUUUGGGAAACCAUGGCUGUAGCUAGGUGACUUUGAGUACGCAGCCGCAGACAAAUCUACUCGUGGGCGAGACCUUGUCAGGCGGCGGAGAAGGUGAAGUUGAUUGGACGAGAGAGUUUAAUGACGACGGCCGAAGAAGAUGGAGAUGGCGGAGGACUGGAGACCUGGAGUGAAGGAGAUUUUGCAUUAGGCUAGUAGGCCCAACAACAAAGAAGCUGUGUUGAGGCCCAAUACAAUUCCAUUUGCUCCGAAUUCUGAAAGACACGGGCCUGUUUCGUUUCUGUUCUAGUAGCUUGAGCUGUCGUUCGUCCUGCCAUGGCAAGCUCCUCGACACAAGCCGCUGCCACAUGUGCAGCCGGGACGGCGGCUACCGGCGCUGCGUCGCCGUCGACCACAUCCUGUACGCCAUCACGGUGCCCUGCCCCAACGCCGCCCACGGCUGCGCCGCCAGGACGCCCUACCACGACAGCCACGGCCACGCCGCCGGGUGCCCCCACGCGCCGUGCUUCUGCCCCGAGCCCGGCUGCGGCUUCGCCGCCGGCGCCACCGCCGCGCUGCUCGCCCACUUCACCGGCACGCACGGCUGGCCGGCCACCGUGAUGUGGCGCCGCAGGGCGGCGGUCGGCGUCCCGCUCCAGGAAGGCAAGCGGGUCCUCAGCCUCCUGGACGACGACGGCCGCGGCAGCCACCUGUUCCUGCUCAACGUCGCGCAGGCCGGCGAGGCCGGCCUCGUCGGCACCGUUCUCGCCGUGGAGGCGGCGGCCCACGGGCACGGCGACGCGCCGAGGUUCGAGUGCAAAGUGUCGUUCGACCGCCGUGGCACGGGGUGGCGGCAGUCGUCGACGUUCGGCGUGAGGAGCACGAACCUCUCCGGUGGGUUGCCGGCGGACGGCUUCGCGUUCGUGGCGCCCAAUCCGCCUCCCGCCGCCGCCAGCGUCACCAUCACCCUCUUCGACAUCUCCUCCGGAGAACCUGGCAGUGCUCUCCGUCCAGUCUUACCUCGCUCACGCCGCUCCCGCACUCGCUUGAGCGCGACGACGACGGCGGCGGCGGCGGUGAUUCUCCGGUGACGACAUGGGCGGGCUCCAAUGGCGGCAGAAGCUCUCAGGCAAUGGCAUCCACCGAGGAUGCAAGCAAAAAACAAGAGAUUUUGUGGAUAUCUCUUUUCCUCACUUUUGGCUGUGUAAUGUAGGAAAAGAUA